AUGUUAUUAUUUAGACCGACGGGUCAUUUCGCCUAUGCUUUCACUCAACAGUUUCUACUUCUGUACAAUCUCGAUACGGAUAACGUCUCCAUGCAACUCGGCAAUGUCACUUGGCCCGACACCUCAUUUCUUCCGCACGCUGUCGACAUUAGUGAUGAGUUUAUCGUAGUGCUUGGCUUUGUUGGUGAUCAGUCGACGAACUACACUCCUUGCGCCUUUCUCCUGAAUAUAUCAAAUUCGACUCUAAAGGUACUCGAUCGAUGGUUAUACACACCACCGACGAAUAGUUCAUGGCAAGCGAGCCUUACUAACUGGGAUGCGGGUACCUACUCAGCUCGAUAUGAUAUGUCGGUGAGCAUCAAUCCCACCGGAGGUCAAGUUCUACUCGGUAUUCAAAUAACAAACACAAUUGUGCUACUCAAUAUUGGCCGAAGCACUAAUAAAUUUAUUGUGCCACCACAAUCCAUUUCGAAUGGACAAGCAAUAGGGAUGGGUAAAGCAGUCGGCUGGUUUGAUGCGCAUACUUCUGUGGUACUCGUUAAUACAUACUCUUUAAGUUAUAUUUGGUCGGGAUCACAAGUCUUUGUCUAUGACAUGGCAUUGUUUAAUAGUUCCGGCAUUAUAUCUGUUUUUCCUAAUGCUCAACAGCCACUAGCAACGGGAUUCGGUCCUAUUCUCAUCACUCUUGUUGUUACUGAGACUGGAACUGUGGCGAUGCUAGAUUCACAAGGCAAAUUUUUCAUUAUUUUUUCAUCGGCUGCUGGUUCAUAUGCAGACACUAGCUUGGGAACAUUUUCAAGCCCACUAGAUUGUAUCGGUGGCACUUUUAACUCUCAACUAAGUAUUGGCCCAUGUAUUCUUUGUCCGCAGGGUAAUAGUACAAAUGGUCUUACGGGCCAACCGAUUUGUAUGCCAUGUGCAAUAGACGCUUUCUGCCCAACAGGUGCAGCUUUCGGAAAUAUUAGUACGUCUUCUUCGAUUCUGACAAGUACGAACCAAGCAUUUGCCUAUCCUGUGUCUCCUCAGUCCGUUCGUUUCGACAAUAUUCUAAUGCAAAACAUGUUCUACAUUCGCUCGCCAAUGUCAGGUCAUUGCGUACUCGUGUCCGCCUUCUUCUGGGCGCUUAUUGUUACAGUGUUGGGCAUUGUAAUCGUAUUUUCCUUGGCCAUUUUGAAAUGCUGCGUGAACAAUACCCAACUUAAAGUAACCCGUAAAAGAGUCACACGUUUUUUCAAACAAACAGAUAUUAUCGGCGAGGGUGAAUUAUGGGUGGGCGGAAUUGCUACGUUUGCUAUUCUUGUUGUUGCUAUAUUCGCGUACGCAUUUAGCAGUGCCUACUUCCAACGCUAUCCUAUUGAACAAGUGAAUAGCCCUGCUAACUUUGCUUGUGAUACAACGUUGACGAAUGCGCAGUUCAGCUCGGGUUUGAUGUCGCUGACAAUUGCACCAAACGAUGACGAAGUACCUAUGUUCAACCUUCUCAAUGCACAAAAAUUCACAGUACAUCUUGAUUUGAUCAAUACGCUCUUUACGUGCAGCGAUAAUGUUAUCUUGAUGCAAAACAGACGCGCAGGACAAUUUCUGAUUGCUUCUACGUGCGUGGAGAACAAUGGCAGCUUAUCGAUUUCGGCCGUUCUACCCUCACAUACUGUUAAUUUGCAACUGUCACUUACCGGUAUCGAAAUAAUUGGCGGUUUUCGUUUCGGACUGACAGGACCAGGUGCUCAACAAGAAGACGACAGGCUGGGUGGUAUUUACAAACUUGUCGAUCUCGAUUUUAGUCAAGCGUUCUCAGUCUCUGGUAGGAUUCUUUCCCACCAACCCUCGUUUGCAGUUCAGCUAUCUAAGCUGAUGAAUCGAACGUAUCCUCUAGAUGAAAACGAUGCUACAGAAUUCAGUGCCAUAUGGACAGCUUACACAUCAUACGAUAUUGACCAAAAUUUUAUUGAUGAAAACGAUUACAAGUAUGUGACAAGUUUAGGUACUACGGUCACAGUAAGUAUCAGCGAGGCGUCGUAUUACAUAUCAAAUACGCAGAGGCCUAUCACAGACCAAGCAGAGCUCAUCUUCACCGACUUACUAUUUACUAUAGUAUGUGUAGAGAUUUUUGGUCUUCUGUUUCUCAUCGUCAGACUCAUCAUCAUUCCGCUUGCCAAGCGUCUGUGCCAUUGUUGUCGACGUCGAACUGUCGCAAAAGAAUUGCCAGAAAAUGGUGCUGAAAAGAUAUAUGAUCGCUUUUAA